AUGCAAAAAGAGGAAACGUGGGAAACAGUCCAGAUAAAAACCUUUGUAAAUUGGAUAAAUUCGAAAUUGGAAAAGGGAGAAAUGCGGUACAAAGAAGAAAAAACCCCUGCAGGCUUCUCAUUCGCAAAGGUAUCCGACCUCAGGAAAGACCUGCAGGACGGGCUCAUUCUGCACUCUCUUCUGUACUCCCUCACAGGAUCUGUGCUGAGGUUCAAUAAGCGGCCUGUCCUUGUGGUGCAUAAGCGAGAAAACAUUGGAAGAAUAAUCGAAUACCUCAAAGAGAGCAAAGUGGAGAUGGUGAACAUUGGAGCAGCAGAUAUCCAGGAGGGAAGCAUCAAGCUGACACUUGCCCUAAUUUGGAGAUUCAUCAUGGCAUUUUCUCUCCGGGAAAUAAGAGAAGAUGGCGAGAACAUCAAAGAGAAAAUACUGCGGUGGUGCCAGCGCAAGGUGCAGAAGUACGGGGUGACAGUGAGCGACUUUGCAGGAAGCUGGAAAGAUGGGCGAGCUAUUUCUGCGUUGGUGCACUCCGAUGUUGGCGGAUUUGUCUUUGAUGAUGGAGAGAGCGAGCACAUGGCAACGAGAGCAAUUGCCCUGGCGUACGAAUAUCUGCAAGUGCCUCCCUUGAUCGGAGCUGAAGAUCUCGUCACGGGUGUGUGCGAUGAAAAGUCUUUGCUGACGUAUUUGAUAGAGUACUAUGCAGCCUCGAUAAAAAAUAACGGAAAAAUAAAGAGGAAAUUGGCAGAGCAGGCAGCCAUCCAUGCAGAACAGGCAGUGGCUCAUUCAAAAGAGGAAAUUGAUAAAGUAUUUGCGCUUCUAUCUAGGGAAAUACCAGAUCUCCAGAAGAAAAAAAAAGAGCUGGACAUGGCGUACAACAAAGUAAAAAUAAUGGAGGAGAACGCAGUGCGGUCCACGGUCUCGCAUAUUAUACAGAUAGAUAUACUCCACAGAAUGCGAAACCCAUACACACCUUCAUCGAUUGUUCUUCCCGAGUCUUUUAAGCACCUUCCUGUGGUGGGGGUGUUUGAUGCCCUCUGUUUCAUCGACACUCUUGCGGGCUGGAGAGUAAAAGAAGGCGAAAAAAAGGAAACGCCGGAAGAGGAAGAGUUUGUGCGCAUAUUUGCCGAGCUGCUGGAGGUCUCUGCGUUUGUUACUUUCUCAGGAGCCCACGAGUUUCUGAAGGGAGUGUGCACUCGAAUUGAAGAGUUUCUAAUCUCAAGCCAGAAAAAAACGAAGACAAAUGAUGGUAAAAACACCGGCACAGAUGAAAGCAGCAAUGAGCUCUCUUUCGCAGCAAGGGAAACCAAGAGAGUUAUGCAGCAGAGACUUGCAUGGGCUCUUCACGAGGUGAAAGAUGGAAUAAGACGGUUCAACGAAUACUUCACAGACGACCUGAAAAGAGAGAAGGCAUCUCUUUCUGUGGCGCUCUCUUCCGAGAUGGAGGCAUCGUCUUUCCCGUGCCCCCAUAAGGCAGAGUGGUCUCUGCUGGGCGGGCGCGACAUGUAUUUGCGCAUUGUAUCAGACGGGUGCCUAUCUGCAGGCGCCAGAGAGUUUAUUACGCCCAUAACCCCGGACUGGGAGAAAUAA